AUGAAGUUCUUCCUCCUCUGUUUCCUCCUCUGUUUUGGCCUCAAGCCUGUGUUUUUCACUGCAGCAAGCGAUGACCAACUCUUGUACCAUGGCUUCACAGCCGGUACCAACCUCACCGUCGACGAGGCUGCUUCAGUCACGCCGAACGGACUCCUUGAGCUAACCAAUGGCUCGCUUGGUUGCAAAGGUCAUGCGUUCUACCCAACUCCGUUGCACUUCCGCAAAUCGCAUAAUGAUACAGUGCAAUCUUUCUCAGUCGCCUUCGUGUUUGCCAUCCACUCUAGCUACCCCAUCAUGAGCCGACAGGGCUUGGCUUUCGUUGUCGCCCCAAGCAUGAACUUCUCAACUGCAUUGGCCAACCAAUACUUGGGCCUCAUGAACUCCCAGAACAACGGCAACUUGAGCAACCACAUCUUCGCCAUCGAGCUAGACACCGUCCUAAACAUCGAGUUCAAAGACAUCAACACCAACCAUGUAGGUAUUGACAUCAACAGCCUCCAGUCUAUAGAGUCCAACUCUGCAGGAUAUUAUGAUGAUAGGAACGGUACCUUCCAAGACAUGGUUCUUGCUAGUGGUGAUGCAAUUCAAGUGUGGGUGGACUACAAUGGUGAAGCCAAGAAAAUCAGUGUGACCAUGGCUCCCCUUCAAAUGGCAAAACCUACAAGGCCACUCAUAUCGACAAAUUAUGACCUCUCGAGUGUGUUGCAAGAUCCAUCCUACAUCGGCUUCUCAUCUUCAGGUGGAGAGGUCGACUCAAGACAUUAUGUACUUGGUUGGAGUUUUGGGAUGAACAAACCAGCCCCACUGAUCAAUUCUGUGAAGCUGCCAAAGCUACCUCAGCCAAAGCAUCAAUCAAAGCUGCUGAAAAUCAUCCUACCUAUAGCGAGCGCAAUCUUCGUAUUUGCUGUGGGUUCUAUGGUCAUUUUACUAGUGAGGAGAAAAUUGAGGUAUGCUGAGCUAAAAGAAGAUUGGGAGAUCGAGUUCGGGCCACAUCGGUUCUCAUACAAGGAUUUGUUCCAUGCCACAGAAGGAUUUAAGAACAAACACCUACUUGGUGCAGGAGGAUUUGGGAAGGUAUAUAAAGGGGCCCUUCCAUCAACAAAACUAGAGGUUGCUGUGAAGAGGGUAUCGCACGAGUCCAGACAGGGUCUAAAGGAGUUUGUUGCUGAGGUUGUCAGCAUUGGCCGCAUCCGACAUCGUAACCUUGUUCAGUUACUUGGCUAUUGUAGGAGAAAAGAUGAACUCCUUUUGGUGUAUGACUACAUGUCAAAUGGUAGCCUUGAUAAGUAUUUGUAUUGUGAUGAUCCAAUGCUUAUACUAAACUGGGCUCAGAGGUUUCGGAUAAUAAAGGAUAUUGCAUCAGGCUUGCUGUACCUCCAUGAAAAAUGGGAGAAAGUGGUCAUCCACCGUGACAUCAAAGCAAGCAACGUACUCCUUGAUAGUGAAAUGAAUGGGAGGCUAGGUGACUUUGGCCUUGCAAGACUUUAUGAUCAUGGAACUGAUAUGCAGACCACACAUGUGGUUGGUACCAUUGGGUACCUAGCCCCAGAACUGAUAUGCACAGGUAAGGCAACUCCUCUCACUGAUGUGUUUGCCUUUGGGAUUUUCCUUCUUGAGGUUGCCUGUGGGCAAAGGCCAGUUAACAGCAAUGCACGAGCAAAUCAACCUUUGUUAGUUGAUUGGGUUCUUGAGCAUUGGAAUAAGGGAUCACUGGCUGAGGCAGUAGAUACGAGGUUACAGAAUGACUAUAAUGUUGACGAGGCAUGCCUAGUGCUAAAGCUAGGACUACUAUGUGCACACCCAUUUACCAAUGCAAGGCCCAACAUGCAGAGUAUCAUGCGGUACCUUGAUGGCGAUUUGCAAUUCCCUGACUUAACAGAUACAGACAUGAGCUUCAGCCUGCUCUCUCAAAUGCAGGGUGAAGGGUUUGACCGUUAUGCAUUGUCAUAUCUUUCAUUAAACACGAGCAUUGGCACAAUAUCUGGUCUUUCAGGAGGAAGAUGA